AUGAAAUUUGUUUGGCUUCAAAUAUUAUUAGCUAUUUCCUUGAUUGUUUGUCAAAGCUAAGUUUGUAAAGUAAAAUGAUAUUUAACAUAGCUACAAUAAAAUUAUCAAAAUCUCUUACAAAUGAAUGAGAAAGAAACCUAUCUCUUAUACCUAUAAGAUUAUUUUUAUGGGGAUGGACUAACAUACAGUUUAAAUGAUAAUACACACUACUUUUAACCCAAUAAUCCUGAAAAUUUAGGUGGCAUUAAAGGAGAAGCCAUAAGUUUAAUAAUAAAACCUAAGAAAGUUGCUUAAUAAAAGGAAUUUUUAUUAUUAUUAAACGUAAAUGAAGGAAAUUAAGAAACAUAUGAAAUUCAUAGUUUAAAGAAUUUUUCUAAAAAAAACAAAUUUUCUGCAAGUGUGUUUAUUGCUAGAUUUAAUUCUGAUCAUUGUUAUAAUAUGAAUUAGAUUGAUGAUUUUUUUAUAAUCACAUGUUUAGACUUUGGAUAGUAAUAAAUAACUUACUUAACUUUUAAUUCUGAUUAUCAUCUAAUUAACACCUUUGAUGUUAAUAUAGAUUAUGCACAAAAAGAGUCUAAAAUAAUUACAAAAUCAGCUGGAAAAUAUUUAUGCACAUUAAUGAACAAUGGAGAGUAUUAAGAAGGUGAAUAUGUCUCACAUAAUUCAAACUUAAUCAUUUUUUAGUUUGAGAAGACAUAAAAUUUUGAAGAUUCAAAAAUAUUAAUAAAUUUAGUUUAAUUAAACUAAAUCCAGAUUUCAAAUGACUUUAUAACAGGUUUUGAUAUUGUAAAAGAAGGACAUCGUAAAUAUUAUUUAUAAUUUAGUCUUUAUUACAUAUUUUAAUUAGGGAAUUUACAUACAUCUUCUAAAUUAAGAAAAAUAGUAUUAAUUAGAUAUUUCAUUAAAAAAAAGAAUUCUAGGUAUAAGUGCUCAGAAAAUAUCAUAUGGAUUUUAUGAAUAUAAUAUUGUAUGUUGGGAUGAAUAGAAGUUAUCUAAUUUUUUGUAUGAUCCAUCUAAAAAUAAAAUUGUAAUGAAUUAAAAUUAUUAAGAUUUCAAAAGAGAAACUAAUCUAAACUACUCAAAUAAAUUUAUUACUUAAUUUUGUUACUAAUGUCUUUAUCAAUGAAAAGUAUAUAGUAGUAUCAAAUCUUAAUGGUAUAAGCAUAUAUCCAACAAUUAUAAAUGAUGUUAAUUAAGGCAGAUUAUUGUACUAUUAUCCAUCGAAAUCAAAAAUAAGUUACUUCAUAAAUAUUAUAGAUUAUUUAAUUUCUAUUGAGGAACAAUCAUUAAUUUUAUAUAUGAUUAAUGAUCCAAUAAUUAAAUUAAAAAAUAUAGAAGUUAAAAAAACUCCCUAGAUCUUUUAAAUUAGAGCAAUAUCAAACUAAUUUGAUAAACCUUAAGUAGAAUGCCCAACUGUUAUUCUAUAUUUUUAAGUUUAAAAUGAAUAAUUUUGGAAAAAUGUAACAGAAUAAUAUUUUGAUUCUCCUUACGAGGUAUCCUAAACGAAUUUUUUAAGGGGAUUGUAUUAAGAUGAUAAUUAACAUCCUAGUAAUAUAAAAAUAAAUAUUAAGUGUGAUAAAAUAUAGCAAAUUAAAUUAAAUUAAAUGAUCAUAAGGAACUAGUUGGAGAUUCAACCUAAAUUUAAAAAUCUUUAAAAUUUUGAUAUUAAAGUUGAUAAAAUUUAUUCAGAAUUUAGGACUAAGGAAAAAAAUUAUUAUCUGAGUGAUGUGGCUUAUUUGAAAUAAUAAUUGCUUUAUCAAUAUGAUGAUAAUUAUAGAUUUAAAGAGAAACUUUAUCUUCUUACUUAAUAAUACUUUAAAAUUCAAUUAAUGGAAUGUCUUGUUGAAGAUUUCAAAAAUUGUGUAAUUUUGCAUACUCAAAAUAUAGAAGUUUCAAAUAGAAUAGAAUAGUUUAUAUUUAAUAUUCAUAAUGAUUAAGUUUAUUUAGGUUUUGCUUAAGUAUUUGGAUGGAAAGGUUAUGAUAAUUUAGAUGAAUUCAAUAUUAAGGUUUCAAAUGUAGUAAUAUUUAGUUAUAAAUUGAAUGAAAAGAAUCGUAUUGUUAAAAAAUAUUAGAUUUCCCAUUUUUAACAUAAGGUCUUAUAAUUAGAAAUCAUAGAUGAUAGAAUAUAUAUGCUCUAUGAAAUCAAAAAAUAUACUUAUAUUUUUACUUCUAAAAUUAGUGACAUCUAUGAAACUAUGGAUAUUCUUGAAUUAAGUCACAAAGUAGAUUAUUGCAGAGUUUUUUCUUUUAAUAUAGAAUUUUAUGGAUAUUUUUUAUAUUAUUUUACAAUGAAUAUAGAAUAAUAGUUUACUUACUUGAAUAUAAUUAAUAUUGAAGAUGGGAAAUUUGAAUUAAUAAAUAAGAUUAAAUUUAAAGAUGAUUAAUAAUAAAUACGAAGAUUAGCUCAUUAUAGUCGUUUCACAAAAAAUGGAGCUUAUAUUUCUAUUGCAUACGAAUCGUUUUUAUAUUUUACUAGACACGAUUUUUUUAAAAUGGUAUUUACUUAAUCUAGUGAAAAAAGUUAUGAAAAUUUUGUAAAGAACUAAAUAAAAUUACCAUUCAAUUUUGGUGAAUCUGAAGAAAUUUAUAGUUUUACUUAUACCUCUAGCGAAAAAUAUUAUUAUAUAUUAUAAACAGAUUUUGCAGGCGAUUAUAAAAUUUAUAUUUACAAUAUAAAAUCUACAAUUCUUAAUUGUAUUCAUUAUGUUAUAUCUAAAGAGAUUUUUGAUUUUCGUAGAAAAAUAAUUAGUUCAUAAAAAUAUGAUAUUUUUUCACUAAAUUAACUAGAAAAUGGCAUUUGGAGGUUGAGAGCUUCAUAAAUUUAAUACAUAAAACAUGAACCUUUAAUUACUAUUAAUUGCUUAUAAGCUAAGGUAAUAAGAAACCUCAAAUCUAUCAAAAUUCCAUUUGUGAUAUAAACAGAAAAUCUGAAACCUGAAUAAUAUCCAAUAUAUAAUUUUAUUAUAGAUCUUGAAUUUGAUGAUGAAGACUAAACAAACAAUCAAGAAAGUUAAAUAGAUUCUACUUUGAGAAAAAUAUUUGAUAUGAUAAACUAGAAAUUAGAUUGA